AUUACGUCUUUGAGGGAAAGACUUUGAAACGACAAGUUAUCCGACAAACUUUUGUUUCCAUUCGAUUCAUCGCUACAGCUGAGCUCCUCUUCGACGCUUUCGAAGGCUUUUCUAGCUCCUCCUCCUUCAUUUUCUUUUGCCUCUAGCUCGUUCUGCUCAUCACUUCGCCAUGCUGCCGUUCAAGCGCAACAAGAUCGACAUCAGUAAACUGUCGGAGGAGGAGCAGAAGCUCUUUCGACUGUACGGCAAACUUCCAGCACACAAGAACAUCUUGACUAAGAUGCAAGGGGAUCGGAAAUAUUUCGAUUCAGGCGACUAUGCACUCUCCAAAGCCGGCGUCGCGCCACAGAACACUGUCGGUACUGCGAUCCCCAAUCCAGACAACAUCCCACAUGCAUCAUCGCCGCCGACAUCCCACACCGGCGGGUUAAGCGUAUCCCCCACAAACAGCUCAUGUCCCGCAAAAGAGAGUUCGCUUUCCCAUUCCGAGGAAGAAGAGCCAGAGAAGGAAGAUGCUGAUGCAGGGGACCAGGAGGAAGCAUAGACUUUUACUCUUCUCCUUGAUUUCCAUGCCCUUCCACACCCCGACUUAUUGAUUCUUCAAAGAGCUUGAAGACGCUACGUUUCGCUCGUGUAUUCCCUAUGUAUCAUCGGUACCCCCCAACCCAUGCCUUCCAGAUUCAAUGCUUGGCUACCCUUCCUGAUCUGUAGUCUGUUGUUGUUUUGAAUCUGUUUGUAUCAGUAACUACAUAGUAGGAUCCGCUUAUCGUACAUUCAUCUGUUCGUAUUCUGCAGGUGCUACAUAUCUAUAAUAAUUCUGGAAA